AUGCGCCACCCUCGGCUCCCUUUGGUACUGCGCAAGGACGACCACCUGGUGGUGGCGGUCUACGACGAGGACGGCGCCGCCCUGACGGAGUUGACGGGCGACUCCGCGAAUGUCUACACCGGGGACUACCGCGAGUGUGAGGUGUGUUUGAACCCGGCCCGGCCCGGGAUGUUCGCGCACGCCACCACGACGCACCUGCGCUGCAGCCAAAUCGAGAUCUCCCACGCCGAGGGCGAGGCCGACGGCGGGUUUACCACCCGCUGCCUGUUCGAGCAGGCGAUGCCGCACGUCGUGAUCGAGAUGGCCUUCUCGCCGCGUGGGAAGUAUUUGGUGACCUACGCGAUGAUGGACCCGAAGCGGACCCCGGAUGGGAAUUUGAGCAUUUUCGACCUCGCCGCGGGUGGGGCGCUGGUUGUGCGAAGCGCGCAAACGCGAUGGCCGGCGGUGGCGUGGACGGCCACGGAGGAGUUUCUCGUGCGGCCGAUGCAGGGGUGGCUGCAUGUCCUGGCAGGGCAUCCCACCCGCGAGGAGUCCGCGCCCUCAGCGCCGGAGGAAAACGGCCGCGCCGGCGGGGGCUUUCCCUGCCUGAGCAAAAUCGACCUCAUGCUCGCCCAGGAUAAGGAAUUCACCUUUUCGACCUCCACGAGGGCGGACCUGCCCCUUUUGGCGCUUUUCAAGCCCUUUUACAAGAACCAGCAGGCGAGCCUUUUGCUCUACCGCCUUCCGAAUCUUCAGGAGGGCCCGCUUUACCAGGUGCCCUUUGGCCGUUCCGAGGCCGCGCGGGUUUUGUGGAGCCACAGCGGGCACCAUCUCGCGCUUUUGGCCCAAUCCGAGCGGGACGCGCGGGCGAAGAGCUAUUACGAGACCAUCUCGCUCCACCUGAUCGACGUGCUGAAGCGCCGCACGACGUCGAUUCGGCUGACGGAGGAGGGCGAAACGGUCCACGACGCGCGCUGGUCCCCGACCCCGCAGGACGAGCUCUUGGUGGUGCACGGGAAGAUGCCGCGAAACCAAACCACGUUGUUCGGCCCCACCGGCGCCAAACUUCUCAGCCUUGGCGAGGCCCCGCGGAAUCGGGGGUUGUGGGCCCCCAACGCGGCGGGCUUCGUCCUCGGCGGCAGCGGGAAUCUCGCGGGGGAUUACGUCUUCUACGCCUACGCCGCGGGCAAAGGCGAGGCGCGACGGCCGCCGCGGGGGGAGUCCCCGGCGGCCCCCUCCCUUCCCGUCUCCACCGGCGCGUUUAACGAAAAGUGCAGCCUGCAGGAGUGGGCGCCGGACAGUCAUCAUUUUCUCUGCGCGACCCUCUUUACGCGGCUUCGGAUGGAUAAUAAAGUGGUCAUUUUCAAGAAAAACGGCGCGCGGGUCGUGACGGUGCGGUAUCCCGCGCUGUACGGCGCGCAUUGGGUGGGGCUGCGAUCGCCGGGGGAUUUCCCGCUCCGGGCCCCUUCCCCGCGCGCGGGGGAGGGGGAGGGGGAGCAAAAACCCCGCGCCUAUUGCCCCCCCGGGGGGACUUCUACACGGGCCGCCGCCCUUCUCCGUCGGCAGGAUCCCGCGGUGCCGUCCUCGACGACCGCGAGCGCCGGCCCCGUCGGCGCGGUGUUGGUUCAAAAAAGGAAAAAAAAGCGCUAA